AUGGCCAACGGCACAAAGGGACUGAUGGCACCAUCCGAGAGUCAUGAUGUCAAUUUUUAUAAUCUACAGAAGAAUGCAAUAAUCAUAUACAUGAUUUACUGUGUUUGUGCCGUCGGACUUCUUGUUCUUUUCUUUAUUCCUGCACUAUUUCUUCGGGGCGGGAGCCGUGAACGACGCUCUCAGAACUAUAUGAUCCUCCCACCGUGUAUACUUACAACGGUUGCCCAAUUGAUAAUUUUCAUUGCUGUCUUAUUUUUCGAUCACAAUGUACAUGCCUGGGAGAAAUCUCUGGACACUGCCACCCGGGCUACCACGCUUGUUUUCACUGCCAAUAUCUUCUUGAUUUCGGGCACCGCUCUCGCAAGGCUGGUGAUCUGUAUCACCUACUCCAGCUUAUUAACUCCCUUCAAGUGGGCUCGCUAUGUUAUCCGUUUUACAGGUGGUUUGGUGGUCACUGCCUCAACUGCUGCAUGGUUCGCCCUUUUGUUCGCUUGCAAGCCAAUCGACGCAGCGUGGGACCUUCGACUGUCUGGAGAAGCUCAAUGUAUUGAUCGCUAUCCAUUCCAUAUACUACAAGCGGGCAGUGGGGCUGUGGCAGAUGUUAUUGUUAUGGCUGUCAUGUUGUACCAUUGCCUUUCGCCUCGGCACUCGUGGAAGGAUAAAGCGGUUCUCCUUACACACUUCAGCAGUGGCCUACUUCUGCCAAUCCCUGCUGUGGCCCGGCUUGCCAUCUUGGCUACUGCACGCGAAGACCCUGACACGACGUUUGUGUUGGCCCCGGCUAUCCUCUGCUUCAUCAUUGAGGCCAACCUCGUCAUCAUGUACAAUCUAAUACCAGACUUCAAAAGGUUUGUCAGGAUGUCUGGGAAUCCAUCGUCCCCGGUGAAUGGUACAAUGGACGGCCGUCAAGGCGGUAUGCUUCAGGGAAGCAACUCAAUCCUAGGUGGUGAUGGUAGGUCAACGGAUUCAGUUGGCGGAUAUUCAUUGUCGGAAGAAAGUGCCGUUGAGCUGGUGACUCGCAAUCCUUGA